AUGUUUCAUCCACAGUGGCAUUUGUUUUUACAUAGAAGAAUGUCUUUGCUUUCACUUUCUCUCCCAAUCCCAAUUCUUCAUAGCUCUACACAAAAUUUCACCUCUCUUCGCAUUGUUAAUCCCAAAAAUUCUUCAACUUUCCAUUUCCACAAGAAGCUUAAGCUCUCCAUUCGAGCUUCUGCAGUUACCGUUCACCGGAAUUUUCCAGUUUCACGUGAAAUUGUUCGUCGAAUUGCUGUUUCAACUAUUGUAUUUCUUAGUUUGGGUUCGACCCUUUUCGCCUUUUCAGCUUUUGCUUCAACUCAGAUUCACCCUCGAGACACUUGUGUAACUCAGCUUCAAGAAGAACAAGAAUCUAAAGGCACUGGAGUUGAAAAAUCGGAAAAUGUGGAGGAUGUCGAUGAAGAACUUCAAGCAGCAUUUGAGAAAUGGAAGUCUAAGACAUAUGCUUUGACUGUACCUCUAAGAGUUGUUUCUCUUAGUGACUCUUUUCCUCCUGUAUGGCUCAAGGAUUUCAUGCGAUCGCAAGGGAAGAGAGUGAAAUUACGUUCUGAGUUUCGUCAAAGCCUGCAAGACAUCUUUCAUGAACUUUGUAUACCUUUACAAAAAGGAAAAAUUAAUGCUAAGUCUGCUCUGGCAGCUGAUGUUGUCACUCUUGGUGAUACGUGGCUCAGUUAUGCCAUUGAGAAGAGGUUAAUUGAGCCGAUGGACGGUUUAGAAGAUCAAGAUUGGUUUGAGAAUUUAAGUGAGAAAUGGAAGGUAUAUUUGCGCAGGAGUGAUGAAGGGAAACUCGAUUCUAAUGGUAAAAUAUGGGCGGCUCCAUAUAGAUGGGGAAGCAUAGUGAUAGCUUACAAGAAAAGUGAAUUUCAAAAGCGUAAAAUGGCUCCGAUAGAGGACUGGGCCGAUCUAUGGCGACCUGAGCUUGCUGGAAGGAUUUCAAUGGUUGAUUCACCACGAGAGAUUGUGGGUGCAGUGUUAAGGUACAUGGGAGCAUCAUACAACACAAUGGACAUGUCUGAAGUCGCUGGUGGGAGAGAGGCUGUGCAAAAGAAUCUUGCAUCACUUGUUAAACAGGUUCGGCUAUUUGAUAGUUGCCACUAUCUUAAAGCCUUUGGAGCUGGAGAUGUAUGGGUAGCUGUUGGAUGGAGUAAUGAUGUUAUUCCUGCUGCGAAGCGGUUGUCAAAUAUUGCUGUUGUUGUUCCCAACUCUGGUGCUAGUCUGUGGGCUGAUUUCUGGGCAAUACCUGCUGCUUCAAGAGUUGCAACUGAUCAAAUUGGUGGAAGAGUUAGAGGACCAUCACCAGUAGUGCAUCAGUGGAUAGAAUUCUGCUUGCAAGCUGAAAGAUUCAAAGGCGACGUUGUCCCAGGUGCUUCACCUAACGCCCUUGAAUCCCCGAUUAAAGUCUCCGAAGAGCUUACUAAGGGUAGACCAAAACUUGAGACAAACCUCAUUGCUGGAGUCCCUCCAUCUGAUAUCUUGGCUAAAUGUGAACUGAUAGAACCAUUGCCAGAAAACACAUUGUCUGAAUAUCGAUGGCUAAUAAAUAGUGUACAGAAGCCAGAGCUUUCUCUGGCAAAAAGCCUAAGGAAUCGUGUUGUGUCACUAGCUCAUAGCUUUCUUCCUAAAGUGCAGUCAAAGGUUGCCUGAAAGGAACUCCAUCAUUUCUGAACAUUACAGUGUUGUGUUUCAACAAUUUAGUUGAACAUUUGUACCUUUAUAUAUGCCCCUUUUUCCAGCAUUUACAUGUAUUUGCAAUUACAUAAGAAACUUAAAUACUUCAUUUAUGACAAGCAUACGAUGAUUGGUUGUUGAAUCCAAA